AUGAAGAAGAUCAUCCUCUCCAUCAAUGCGGGGUCCUCGUCAGUGAAGAUAUCCGUCUACAGCGUAGACGUCGGCCAGCGUCCAGUCCAAGUCGCCGAGGCCACGGUGAGCGGGCUGACGGCUGCGCCUGCCACUCUCACCUACGUACGGGCUGGUAAAACCGUCUCGAAGGACAAGGAGCUCUCCACCAAGGUACACAGCCAGCGUGAUGCCUUUGACGUGCUCCUCUCGACGCUCGUCGCCGACCACGAGCUGGCCCAGAUCAGCAGUGACGACGAAAUUGAUCUUGUCUGCCACCGAAUCGUCCACGGCGGCGACUACGACAAGUCGCAGCUCAUCUCGGACGAGACAUAUGAACACCUAGAGAAGCUCAACGACCUAGCGCCCCUGCACAACGCCAGCAGUCUCGCCAUCGUCAAGGCUUGUCUGCUCAAGCUGCCUACCGCGCGCAACGUGGCCUGCUUCGACAGCCAGUUCCACGCCUCGAUUCCAGAGCACAUUAGGACAUACCCCAUUAACCGCGACAUCGCCCGCAAAAACCACCUCCGCAAAUAUGGGUUCCACGGCAUCAGCUACGCCUUCAUCACCCGGUCGACAGCCGAGUUUCUGGGCAAGGACCCCGACAAGGUCAACUUGAUUGCCCUGCACCUCGGAUCUGGCGCAAGCGCAUGCGCCAUCAAGGCCGGCAAGAGCUGGGACACGAGUAUGGGCCUCACGCCACUCGCCGGUCUGCCCGGAGCGACCAGGAGCGGGAGUGUCGACCCGAGUCUUGUCUUCCACUACGCCAGCGAUGUAGGGAAACUCUCGCCCUCGUCAACCAAGGAAUUGCACAUUUCCCGGGCUGAAGAGAUACUCAACAAAGAGUCUGGAUGGAAGGCCCUGACAGGGACCACCAACUUUGGCAUCAUCGCCAACUCGGACGAGCCGGAAAUGAAACUCGCCUUUGACCUUUUUGUCGACCGCAUCUGCGGCUUCAUCGGGUCAUACUAUGUCUCCCUGCACGGACAGGUCGACGCCCUCGUCUUCGCCGGCGGCAUCGGCGAGAAAAGUGACUGUCUUCGCCACGCUGUCGUCGACCAAGUCGCGUGCCUGGGCUUUGACAUUGACGAGACGGCAAAUGGGGCCAAGAUGGAAAAGGUCGUUCAGGAUAUUGGUAAGGCCGGCGCGAGACAGCGGGUGCUCGUGUGCUCGACCGACGAGCAGUUCGAAAUGGCCAGGAGCUGCUCCGAGGAUAGGGAGCUUUGGUUGUAA